AUGCUUCGUGAAUGGGCUCUGGUCGCGUUACGCCACGUGUGCGAAGGGAACGAGCCCAACCAAGCGUACAUUCGAGCGCUGUCGCCGCAAGAGGUCGUGCCCCGCGUCGACUUGGCCAAGAUGGGCGUCCAUGCGGUUCUCAACGACAACAAGAUGACGCUCCAGCCGUUGCCGUGA